AUGGCAAGCAGUGACCAGUCUUCGCCAAACCUCCGACCAGCAGAGUCAUCAACCUCUCCAGCGUCGUCUUCACAAAGUGUGUCUGAAUCUCAACCGGCUGUAGAAGCACAGCAGAGUAGCAGCCAGCCAGAUACCCCAGAAGUGAAGUUCGUCAACCCCAAGACCGAGUCACCCCCUGCUACCCCCCAACGCCCCACUUCCAUUCAAUUUGUAACAUCAGACCGAGUCCCAUUACCAGAGAAACCAGAGUCUUCAAUAGAAAAUCUUGGAAAGCCAAAAGGGCGAUUACCGUCCCCACCUCCCCUGCCCUCACCGCCAACUUACACCUCUCGUGUCUCCUUUGAUACAGUCGCCUGGGAAAGUACAGACAAGCCAGCAUUCACGCGGACUUUUCGACACCCAGAUUACUCGCCUCAAAAACAUUCCAAAACGUUCUGUUGUGGUAUUGAUGAAUCUGAAUAUGCGGCAGCCGCUCUAGAAUAUCUCAUUGAAGAACUGGUGGACAAUGGCGACGAUAUUGUCUGCGUCCGAGUCGUGGAGAACCGGGGACAGCAUCGGGAAGAGGCGGCGAAAGUGCAAGAAAGUGUUCAAGCAGCCUUGGACACGAACAAAGGGCCUGGCGUUAAGGUGGUUAUUGAAAUCAUAGUGGGCAAAGUUCGCGAGUCACUUGAUCGGAUGGUCAAUCUCCACAGACCCGUCAAUAUAGUGGUUGGCACUCAAGGAAAGUCUCUCACUGAGUCCAAGUUUGGCAAAAACUCCAUUAGUUAUUAUCUAUAUCAAUGUUGCCCUGUGCCUGUGGUCAUUGUUCGGCCAAAGGAGAAGCGUCUCAAAAACCUGACGAAGCGUCAAAAGGACCCAGGUCGUCAGAAAUAUCUCGAACUUCUAAGGCACGACCCUGAGCAAUCAGAAACAGCAAUCGGCACUCCCCUCAAGGACCCAGAAGACGAGCGGGCAGCAGUCGCGAGAGCCAUUGGAUUGCUGAACCCCACGGAGCAACGCCCUGGCAGCUCAGCUAGCAGCAGAAGCCCACGACUUGCAUUAGACGAGUCUCGGGAAAAUGAAGAUGACGAAGACGGUGCUCCACUCUUGAGGAUGUCAAGUAGGACCGGUAAUUAUGCUUACGUGGAAGGUGUUGAUGUCAAUAUUAUUGAUGAAGAGGGAAAUGUGGUGGAGACGGAUCGGUUCGAGAGUAUGCCCAAUUAUGUUCCUGGAUUAGACGGAGCCCAUGAUGAAGAUCAAACGAGCGAACAGGUAAAUGAUGCUGCAGAAGGGACACCGUCUCCAUCCCAAGACAAAGGGAAAGGAAAAGAGGUCUGA